AAGAGAAACUUUGGGUCGGGUCUGCCAUUUAUUCUCCCGUAACUUGCAGCCGGGAGAGAGUGAGAGAGAACCAUGCCUUUCCCAAAGCGCAUCUGUGAGCCGCUGCUCCUAACUCGCCUGGGCUCCGCCGAGCGGCCCGCAACCUUUGAAGAACUGCCCGCUGUCAGCAACCAUACGCUGGCCCGGACUCUGGGGCAGCUCGCCGAACUGGCCAAGCAUGCCUGUGGGCUCUUCCAGGAGAUCGAAGACGAGGUGCUGCGGAUCCACCGCCGACUCGGUUCUGUCCAGCAGAAGAUCAGCGACAUCGCCGCGGCGGUGACCGCCUUGGACGCGAGACAGGAAACAGUGCCGGUGUCAGACCUGGACAGGGAGAGUAAGCUAACAGUUCAUUUCAGAAUUCCAUGGCAUCAGCAGAAAGAUCUACUCCACCCGUCAACCAGACCACAAUGUAUAGAGGAACUUCACCAAUGUGCCAUACAGAAACUACAGUCCCAACAUAGAGAUCAUCAGAGGCAAUCUGAAGAGAGAAAAUUAAUGAAACCCUCUUCAAUGUUGCCCCCACCACUCCCAUUGACACAGCAUAGCCACAGGAUCAGAGCACAGAGGAAGCAGCGAAUCUCACAGUUUCACAACACUCGUUCAUCCUCCCCCACUGAAUGUUGCCAAAUGACCCCGUGGAGCAGAAAGUCUAUUCCACCAACAGAUGGUGACAGUGACAUGAUCGCUUUAGGUCAGAGACCGAAAAAUCCUAUACCGAACAUCCCUACAACACUAGACAGGCAAACAAAUUGGAGCAAAGAUCUACCUCUUCCUACUCCAGAGCAGAAGAUGCGUCAGCAGGCCCAGGCUAUAUCUUCCUCUGUUAUUCCCAUCAAUGUGACUGGAGUGGGUUUUGAGAGACAGGUCAUUGGCCGAUACUCCUUUGCUCAUCCUCAAUCAGCACUGCAGCGAAGACGGAAGUUAAAAAGGCGAAAAACCAUCAGUGGAAUUCCCAGGCGUGUACAAGAAAUAGCAGGUUCCAAUGAAUCCUCAAUUGCUAAAGAAAGGAAUGUGAUUGUUCACGUUAACCCAAAAUUAGACUGUCACAGUGAUGGAGUGAAUUCUACCAGUGCCCGAUCUGGGACCAAGGACUCAGAGUGCCAGACAGAUGAUAUCCUUAUCGCAGCGCCAUCAGUAAGGCGGAUUCGAGCUCAGCGGGGCAGCGGCAUCACAUCUUCCCUGUCACAUUCGGAUGGGAAUAUCACAACUCUGGCUGACGAUUCGUCCUCAAUGUUCCUUUCACCAAUCGACAACCACGUCCGUUCCCGUAGCCUUUCUCGAGACGGUGUCAGAGUUUCACUGUUACCUCAUGAAUUAAGUCAGGACAAUAGUGCUGAAAGCAUCGUUAGUGCUGCUGAAAAAUACUUGCCGACCCCAGAGAAGGCAGAAGAGGAAGACGACAAAGCCAGUCUGUUUAACCGGAGUCUGCAGAAACAUCAUUCAAUAGGUGUGACUGUGCAACCAGAGCAAAGCACAGAACACAAAGUCCAGGUGACAAAAAUGUCCAACUUUGUGCCAGAGGCUGACAUGGGGAACAGUGAGAUCUCUUCAAAUUCAGAUACCUUUGGGAGUCCGGUCAACAGCCUCUCUAGUACAGGAGUUAUCCUAAGCAGUCAGAUGGAUCAAAAGGAAGACCAUCAAUCAUCCAGUGGGAAUUGGAGUGGAAGUAAUUCAACAUGCCCUUCACAGACAUCAGAGACAAUCCACACUGCAUCCUCACCACCACUGACAAGUUCUUCACACUGUGAUUCAGAAAUAUCCUUGAAUACACCGGCCCACACCAAUUAUGAUUCACCAGGUUUCCUUCUGGAGCAGUACACAUAUCAAGGAGACAAAGUUAGAGGUCACAGGGCGAACUCCUUUACUUCCACAGGGACAGAAGUUGUUGAAGAUCUCAAUACAAGUAAUGCAAGUGAUGCAGAGUGGAACUAUUUACACCAUUGCCAUGAUGCAUCUUGCAACCAAGAUCUUAGCCCUAAGCAUUCAAGGACCAAUAGCUUAGGGUGCCCGAGUUUUGCCAGUGUGGGUACAUGUGACAGCUUUAUUGAGAGGCCACCUUCUUCCAAAACCGACUCAGGCUCACAUUUCUCUGUGGAUACUGAAGGAUAUUAUACAUCCAUGCACUUUGACUGUGGUUUAAGAACUACUAGAAACUACAUUUUUAACUAUGCAUCCACGGGCUCUGAUGGAAUCCAGAGUACAGAACAUGCUUCUGAACUUGUUGAGCUCCCUCUACCGGAUCCUUUAGAACUAAGAAAGCAGAAGUUUCGGGGCCAGAGCAUUGCUCUCAAGAAACCAAAGGCAAAACCAGCCCCACCAAAACGCAGUUCAUCUUUGAGGAAAAAUGAAAGUCAUACAAGUGAAAGCUAUCAGAAUGAACCAAAGACAAACAAUGGGCAGGAUGGGACUGUAUCUUACAGAGAUGCACAGAAGUCAUUGCAGCUUGACCUAAGUCUUGCAUCUGACGGGUUCAAAUGUCCCAUGCUACCUAAUGAAAGGAAUAUUCCUUGGGAUAGUUGCAGCACAUAUGCAAAUGAUAAUGAGUUAUCAGACCCUCAGUUCACCCCAUCUGAAACACCAUCACUUAAAGAUGAAAGUGGCACACAAUCAGAUUAUGCAGGCCUCUGGCUCUUGAAUGACUUAAAAUCUAGUGAUCCUUACAGAUCGUUAUCAAACUCCAGUACUGCAACAGGCACAACUGUGAUUGAGUGCACAAAGUCUCCAGAAGGUUCAGAGUCACAAACAUCCCAGUCAGAAUCCCGUGCCACCACUCCAUCCCUUCCCUCCAUUGAUAAUGAUUUCAAGCUGUCCUCUCCAGACAAACUGGCAGGUUUGGCAUCACCAUCAAGUGGAUACUCUAGCCAGUCAGGAACACCAACCUCAAAUUUACCCACACCUCUCUUUCCUGGCCCCCUGUCUCCAAACAGUGGAAAAAGAAAGCCAAAAGUUCCAGAGAGGAGGUCUUCGCUACAACCAUCUUAUGCAAGGGAUGCUAAUGUUACAAAGAAAGACCUCGAAUUACCAAUUAUACCUCCAACACAUCUUGACCUAAGUGCUCUUCAGAAUGUGUUUAAAAGCAAGCCUUCUGCUCAAAGAAACCAACUGCAUAUCUCAAAUCUAAGUAAAGGCAAUGAGGCAGCUGAACAGCCUAACAACAGUCCAUCUGUUUCCCUUGCCAUUACCCCAUCAGUGCUACAGUCAGUACAGCUUCGUUCUAUUAGUAAAACCAGGCAACCCCGGAAAGAAUGCCAAGAAGAACCUGGCAUAUCAGAACCAACUUGUACAGAGCCUGUCACGCCACCAUAUAAAACUGAACCACCAGGUUACAAUACAGAUAAGUGCAAUGAACUUUCCAGUUUACUGCCACAAAAAUCACCUUCCCCAGAAGCAAACAUCAACUUAUUGGAUGUGGAAAGUACUCAUGCACUUCAAGAAUAUAAUCUGAAUGAAGAAAGUGUGACCCCUUUACCCUUGCUCCCUUCAGAGGUAAAAUCAUUAAAAGCUAAUGGGAGUACACAGAUCCAAGAGGUUGGAGAUGAUCAAUCAACUGCAACAGCAAGCUAUCAGGCUGUUUACAACAGCUGCACAGAUAUCAGUGAAGCAAAUUUGGUGAAGAAGAGCUCCAUACAAGAAAUAUAUCAAGACUUGAACAAUUCCAAUAAGGAGUUUCAGAACGAGGUACUUGCACAAGAAAUGGGAAAUCAGAAGAAACCUGAAAGAGUGCCUUCAUCAAGUAACACUAUACCAGAAUCCCUAUCUGCAGCACCAUCAAAACCUGCAAUUGUAGAGAAAUUGGAAAGAAAACUUGACUUUGACUCAGUUAAUGAAAACAAAGCUGCAUCUGCAGACAUAAUUCAACCAGAAUCAACAGAUGCACAGAAGCACAGUAAGGACAGUGUUGAAGAAAAGACCAAGAGGUUGCAAGAUGGCAGUCCAGAUGCAACAGCAACAGCCGAAGCUCUGUGCGUAACUUCUAGCGACAGUCAGUACAAAGAUGUGGGACAGGUUGAGAGUUACUUGGCUUCUGCUAUAGAUCCUCAAGCUAAUGAAGAUAACGUAUUCAUAUCACCAAACAAACUCCGUACAACAGAAGAUCUUUUUGCUGUGAUUCACAGAUCAAAAAGGAAACUACUCGGGAGGAAAGAUUCUGAUGAAGGGCCGAAUGUAAACAAACCAAAAUCAUCUCCUGCCAGCUCCCCUGGAACUCCCCCGGCUAUCCAAAAGCAGCCUGGCCCUAUUUAUAGGAGUGUCCGCAAAUCCAACACCUCAAAGGAGGAGUUCAAACUACUGCUGCUUAAAAAAGGCAGCCGGUCAGACUCAAGCUAUCGAUUGUCAGCAACAGAAAUAUUGAAAAGUGCAAGCCCAGUUUCUCCCAAGUCCCCUGGAGAUGUUUCCCUAGACCAGGCUAAAGAUGGUGAGGAUACUUCUCAUUUUCCUUCAGGAUGUGAAAUGCAGUUCCCAAGUUCACCGUACUCUCCGAGGUUUACAACAGAAGGGAUCACUUCCAGGAGUUUCUCCACCUCACUAUUAUCCAGGCCAAGCCGCUCUCGAGCGCCACCGGCAGCGGGGAGCAGUCGCUACAGUGCCCGCAGCCGCCUUCACAGCGCACCAAUGCAAGUCAUCUCUGAAGGGGAAGCUGAGAACUCAGAUGGAAGUCUACACGAUGAUCGGAGCUCACCCACAUGAUGAUCAGGUGCAGAAUGACUGGGACAGCAACAGUGGUAAAACAAACAUGAGCAUGCAUGCGGUUCAGUUUAGUCACAUUUAGAUUGAGAGAUUUAUCAAAAGCAAAGCAGGUCAUAAACAUUUAAGAAAAUAUAUAAUGCUGCCCAAGUUAUUAGCAAAAAAUAACUACUGAAAUAAUAGAUACCUUCACUGUUUUUCCACAACUGCUAGUAAUUUGAUCAUCAUAAACUUUGAUUAAAUAUUACCAGAAUAGAUAAUUAAGACAAGUUUUGACUCAUCAAUUAAAGAAAAUCAAAGGCUAUGUUUUCUGAAUUUGGGUAAAUAUUCAAUUUAAAACUCUUAAGAUGAAUUCUGCAACACUGUAUGCACUGUGUUCCCUUUCAUGUGGCAUUAAGGGAGUGUCAUUUUCCUGAUGUGACAAAACAGGUGCUGAAGGAAAGGAUAGUUGUGAAAAAUGGACAUUGCAGUUCUAGGUAUUCCAAACAUGAUUUUCUAGGCACUAAAUGAAAUAUUCUGUGAUGUGUUAGAAACUAAUGUAAAUAUCAUCACUUUUUGACAGUUACAGAGUAUUAAUCCUUUGAGCCAUGAACGUUCUUCAUGAUGUAUACCAGUGUUUUUCUGAGAACAAAAUAGUACUGUACCUCAGAGAGUAAGACAAUGAUAGAUGAGGUAGCACGUGAGCAGAUACAUUCGCUCAAAUACAUACCACACGCACAUCAUUUUAUCUCCAUCUCAUAAUUCAGCAGGGUUUUUUUUUCAGAAUCAUUCCUUUGAAAUUAUAGCAUCUAAAAAUCACCAGAUCUCUUGUUGAGAUAAUUAGUUCAAAAAGCAACUUAUACAUUCUCAAAAAUCCAAUCAGGAAGUACAUGUACAAGAGUCUAUAUGAUAGAAAUGCCUAGUUUUAAGAGCUUAAUAUUCUAUAUUUGCUCAAACAGUCUUCCAUCAUAGCCUAAACUUUAAUUAACCUUUAUUGUUUACUGAAAAAAUAGGAUUACACUCAAAGGAUUAAUAUGGUACUACCUAAUCAUAAACAAUAUUACUUUUUUAAUUUACUGAAAAUCAUUAUAUUGUACAAAUAUAAAAAAAGAACCUAAGGAAAUGGUUAUUUUUGUGAUUAAAGUUGAAUUACUUGUGUAUAGACACCAAGAAAUGCAUGCUUGCAAAAAUGGCGAAAUUUAAAACAAUAUAUAAGCAUUUUCAGAACCAUAGUUAUAGCUGGGGUUUAAGUGGGGCAUAUGGAGCUCAUGUGAGAAGUAAAACAGUAAGCCUUUUUAAACAAGGUCUGCCAUUAAAAGAUGCUCAACCACUAUUUCAAAAAAAGCAUAAGUUAUAAAUGUUUAACAGAUACUAGUAAUGGGAUUUACUGAAAAGACAAAGAUGGUUUCUGUAGUUUUAAGUUUUUUUUAAUAAAAAGGGUAAGAAGAGCAGUAAAAAUAUUGGGGCAAUUUUAACUGAAGCCUGCUCCAGCGGGUUUUCCUCCUGUUGAGUUAGCUUAUUAUGAUCCCCUUAUAGGUUUUGGGAAGGAAUUCAUGAUGGUGUAUACUUACAAAAAUGGAUAAGACAGAGAAGUCAUUCAUGUGUAUUGAAAAAGGUAAUAUUCAAAAAGUAUGAGGUGGAUGAGUAACUGUGAGAGAUGAAUGAUAGGUGAAUGGGUAAGAAAAUGGGGUAUUUCUAAAGUGCAGAUUGAUUCAGAGAUGUUCAGUAAAGACUUUUUGCCAAGAGGACUGUAAUCCCACUUUGACAAUAAACACUGAAGAAUUGGAGAGCAGGGUAGAUGCUGGAAUGGCUAUAUUGAUGACUGAGGAACAAUCCCAGUAUUAAAAAGCUGGUGACAAAGCUAUAAAAACUAAUGCUUCAAAAUUCUAAGUAUAUUUGGCACCAUGAGAUGAGUCUCUUUGGUUGUAUGAACUAUGUAAUAUAGAGUAAAAGCAUCAUUGAUCUGUUUAUGGGGUGUUUGCUCAUCAGCCUAGGUCAACUUCAGUGUGAAGGCAACAACUGUUAAAAGUUACAGCAAUUAUUAUCUGGCCAGUUCGCAAAAGCAACAACCCUGUGAAAUAACAGGAAAAACUGCAAUGAUGGAACAGGAAACAGAACAGAAAGUGUUGAAAUUUCACAGCAAGACCAACCAGUACUUAAUAGAAAGUUAGUUAACAGUUUAAAGGAGAUCAUCCGGUUAAAGUUACAGAACUUCCCUUCGAAUGUUAACUUUGUUCUUUAUCAGAUGCUGAUGAACCUGAAGUACAUGGAAAGCUUGGAGGGAAAAGUGUUUUACCUGUUGUUAAGGUUGCUUCUGUGAUUUCAAUAAUUCAUUCCUGUAUAUCAAAUUCAACAUUUACAAUAACUCCCAUCUUAUGAAUGAGCACAAUUUAUUGUGUAAUUUGAAAGCUUUGUAUCACUGUAGGUGGCUGAGUUAGGCAAUGCAUUUGGGUUUUUAAUUAUUUGCAGUGUAAAGCAUUCAAUAAGAAGCAGUGUUCUUUAGCAAAAGAUUAUAUAUCAACUCACACACAGCUACAAUAGCAGCAGUCUUGUGCCAUAUUUUUCUUUUCCCUGGAACAGGUAGUUACAUGAAAAUAUUUAGAAAUGAAGAAAAAUCUUUCAGGACAACUUACCAGUUAAAAUAUAUGAUGCACAGUUGCGAGAGGAACUGCUUAGUUUUUAUUUAAAGCACUCAUACAAUUACUGAAUGCUCUGACAGCACUGCCAUCUUUGAACAAGGUGAUCUAAUUAUAUUGUAUAAAUUACUUUUGUGAAACAUCAUUCCAAUAUGUUGUGUUCUAUUGUUUGCACUGAAGUGUAAGACAGUGAGUGUUUGAAGUUCUGCAGCUGCUUUCUAAUAGUAUCCAAUGAUUCCUAACUUCUAUUGGCUUGUUUCUGUUAUUUUGGCAUAUAUAAGACAACUACAAGGUUCUGCACAGUUUAAAUAAAAAUGUAUAUGGUCUCUUAAAGAAUAUUGCCUAGGGUUUUGCCAAAGGUUGAAUGAAUGCAUCUUAACUGCAUAGUUGGCAGAGUUAACAAAAUAUAGGUUUUGGUUUAUUGUAUAUAUUUAAAAAAAUAUAAAAGAAGGUUACAGUGUAACUGUAUGGGUACUAGAACCAGGCCAACCUGGAAGACAAGAAUGGUUUAUGGAUUUGCAGCCAUUUUAUAAUUUUUUUGUAAUAUUUGUAAAUAUGGACUUUUUAAAAUGCCGAGAUGCUUUUUUGUAAAAUGUUUUCAAAGUUUACAAUUAAUUUCUAAGCCUUUGUAUAUUUUAGAGCUGUGCAACACUUUUAAGUCUUGUAUUUAUUUUUAGUAAAAAUUGUGAAUCUUUCCCUGUGAAUUCUUCCCAAGUACAGUACAUUUGGCCAGUCAAGUCUGGCUGCUUUGACAGUGUGCAUAGAGCCUGACAAUAAAUGUGACUGCAUUUGAUCGGCAGAAAAAGAACCACUUUUCCAUAGUUAAAACUCAUUAUAUUUAUC